AAUAAACAACGCAACACAAUGUUGUGCAAGAAGUGUUUCGAUUUUUGGAUGCUCGUCCGCACCCACUGCCGAACCGCUGCACGCUAAUCACAUUUACUCUGCCUGCACACAAUUGUCAGCUCCAGCCCCACUCCGGCCAAUCUCUCUCUCUCUCCCGUCGCCGUUCUUCUGCUCCACCCACUGCAACCCCAAACCAUUCUUAGCAACAAAUGAGAAUCGACUUUAGCUGAGAAAAGAAGCUUGAUUUCUCCGGUCCUCACUUUUCUCAUCCUCGUUAAUGGCGGUCGAGCCGCCGUCGGUUGAGAUCCUCCCAUGGCUGAAGUCUCUUCCGGCAGCGCCGGAGUACCGCCCGACCCUCUCGGAGUUCCAGGAUCCAAUCGCCUACAUCCUCAAGAUCGAGAAGGAGGCCUCUGCCUACGGCAUCUGCAAGAUCGUUCCCCCGCUACCCGCUGCCCCUAAGAAGACCGCCUUUGCCAACCUUAACAAAUCCUUUGCUGCCCGCCUACCCAACUCUAGCACUUCGCCUAGCCCAAACCCUAGUCCCAACUCUAACUCCAAGCGCUCUCCGAUUUUCUCCACCCGCCACCAGCAGAUCGGCUUCUGCCCCCGCCGCCCCCGCCCCGUCCAGAAGCCUGUUUGGCAGAGCGGUGACUGCUACACUCUCUCCCAGUUCGAGGCUAAGGCCAAGCUUUUCGAGCUCUCCUACCUCUCGAAGACGGCCCCCGCUACUGCUGCUGCUGCUGCCGCCGCCGCCUCUGGCGCUUUCUCUCUAAAGAAGAAGAAGAAAAAGCAUAUGAACCGGCAGAAAAGGAGUAGCAAGUUGUCUUCUUCAUCUCUAUCAGCGCUUGAGUUAGAAACCCUUUACUGGAAGGCCUGUGCUGACAAGCCCUUUUCUGUGGAAUACGCCAAUGACAUACCGGGCUCGGGCUUUCCGCCCAUUGGCAGCACCACAGGGAAGCGAUGGAGGGAGGAAGAGGCAGCAAGCAAUGUAGGGGAGACUGCCUGGAAUAUGAGGGGAGUGUCGAGAGCCAAGGGCUCGCUUCUGAGAUUCAUGAAGGAAGAGAUUCCUGGCGUGACCUCCCCUAUGGUCUAUGUGGCCAUGAUGUUUAGUUGGUUUGCCUGGCAUGUGGAGGAUCAUGAGCUACAUAGCAUGAAUUACCUGCAUUUGGGCGCUGGAAAGACCUGGUAUGGGGUGCCAAGAGAUGCUGCUCUUGCAUUUGAGGACAUUGUAAGGAUUCACGGAUACUGCGGAGAAGUCAAUCCCUUGAUGACAUUUACUAUACUUGGAGAGAAAACCACUGUUAUGUCUCCUGAAGUGCUUAUUGAUGCUGGCAUUCCAUGCUGCAGAUUAGUUCAAAAUGCUGGAGAGUUUGUUGUCACUUUCCCUGGAUCUUAUCAUUGUGGAUUUAGCCAUGGAUUUAAUUGUGGCGAGGCAGCAAAUAUUGCCACGCCUGGAUGGUUACGAGUAGCAAAAGAGGCUGCAAUUCGGAGGGCAUCCACUAAUUAUCCUCCAAUGGUGUCUCAUUAUCAAUUGCUCUAUGCUCUGGCACUUUCAUUGUGUUCAAGGAUGCCUAUGUGUGGAAAUAAUGAGCCAAGGAGUUCAAGACUAAAAGAUAAGAUACGAGGUGAAGGAGAACUGAUGAUUAAAAAAACUUUUGUUCAAAGUGUUGUUGAGACUAAUGGCCUUUUAAGCUCUCUGCUUGAGAAGGGAUCUUCUUGCAUAGUUCUUCCGCGUGAUACAUCAGAUAGUCCUUUAUCAUCAAAUUUGCUUGUCAGAUCUCAAGUAAAGGUUAAACCCAGAUUAUCACUUGGGUUGUGCAGCCGGGAGGAAGCACUGAAAGCAUCUAGAACUUUGCCUUCUGAUGAUGUCAUGUUAGACAGGAACACUGGAAUGAAACAUUUAAGUGGUUUUGGUUCUCUGAAAGGAAACUCUGUCGCUGUAUACCACAGAAAGAAGCAUGCUGCAACCUCAAAUAACAAAUCUGUGACUACUGAGGUUGCAUCUUCCAUGCUAGAGUUGCGGAAUUUAAAAGAGGAAAAAGAAAGCAAUCUUGAAGCUGAUGGGUUGUUGGAUCAGGGACUUCUAUCAUGUGUCACAUGUGGAAUAUUAAGCUUUGCCUGUGUGGCUGUUGUUGAACCAAGAGAAGCUGCGGCUAGAUAUCUAACUUCUGCUGGCUGUUGCUCUCUUAUUGACCAGGGUUUUUGUUCUGGAGAAAUUACUGAUGUAGCCCAUGACACAAAAUUGCAGGGUGGCAAUGGCUGUUUAGGACGAAUUGAUGGGGAUGUGAAGGAAAGAUUUGCCGAAGAUACGGACCAUUCUAGUAGAUAUUCAACCUUUGUCUCACAUCCUAUUGAAGUGGGUUCUGAAAUUUCCGAACAGAAUGGCAUCUCUGCUCUAGAUCUCUUAGCUUCUGCUUAUGGAGGCGAGUCAUCAGAUUCUGAUGUUGAACGACUUCCAAAUGAAAUGUCAUAUAAACUAGAUAAUGAUCGUGUUGCAACUAAGCACCCAGAUCUAUGGUUUGGUAAGGUUCCUUUUGCAGAAGUUGAACAAGAGUUGGUUGGUGCAAAGUGCCAUAAUGUGGUACCUGCUGAGAAUUCUCUCUGCACUACUUCUAAUGACCCAAAUAAUCUUAGAAGUGAGAUUGCUGAUGAUAGAUGUCUCCUGAAAUUGGAGUCUUCCAGAUGUUGCAAGCCAGAACAAAAAAAAUCAUUGGUGCUACAUAGUAUAGAGGAUGGUGGGCAAGUGCCAACUUCAAGCAAUUCAAUUUGGCCUCUGGAAGGGCCUAUCCAUUCUAGCAGUAAGGACGCGACACCUAGUUCUGAUGAUUUUUCUGUGUGUGUUGCUCCCUCCUAUGGAAUAGAUGUACCGUGUGAAAAUUCCAACGGAGCAGCUCAUUUAAUAAGUUAUCACUCUGACAUGAAAAAGGCUGCAGUAGAAGCUAUGCAGAGAUCUGACAAAGAUUCUUCUAGAAUGCAUGUCUUCUGCCUUCAACAUGCUAUGGAGGUUGAAAAGAAACUCUGCUCAGUUGGUGGCGUCCAUAUUAUGCUAUUAUGUCAUCCAGAUUAUCCUAAAAUCGAAGCUGAGGCAAAGGCAUUGGCUGAGGAAUUGGGAAUUAGUUAUGCGUGGAACAAGAUUGAUUUCAGAGAAGCCGCUGAAAAGGAUCAUGAAAAAAUUCAAGCAGCCCUGAAGGAUGAGGAGAGCAUACCCACUAAUAGCGACUGGGCAGUCAAACUCGGCAUCAAUCUGUAUUAUAGCGCCAGUCUUAGCAAAUCUCCACUCUAUAGCAAACAGAUGCCAUACAAUGCAGUCAUUUACAAGUCAUUCAGCUGCAAUUCUCCAAACAGUUCUUCAGGGAAAACAAAGAAUUCUGGAAGGAAACCAGGUCGGCAAAAGAAAAUAGUUGUUGCUGGUAAGUGGUGCGGGAAAGUUUGGAUGUCAAAUCAAGUCCAUCCUUAUUUGGCUGAACGUAAGGAUUCUCAAGAUGAAGAGGCAGAGGAAGGACCCUUUAUGCGUGGUGGUAUUACUAAUCCAAAUUCUGUCAUUGGACCAGAAUCCAAGGGGAGUUAUGCGAAUGAUAGUAGCAGUAUUUCAAGAGAACCCAAAAAGAGGAAGAAGAAACCAAUGCAGAAGUCGAAUGAAAAGAGACAGAGAUUAAACAAAUCAAAUAACUUCUUAAAGGCCAUUGAAGAUGAUGAUAAAAUUUCUCAGAAAAACAAAGGUAGGAUUCUUCGAAGCAGUCAUAGUAGAUUGAAACAUAAAGAUGAAACUGAAGGAGGGCCAAGCUCUCGUCUCAGAAAACGACCAAUGAAAUUUGAUGAAACCAAAAUUGUUAAACCAUGCUUCAAAAAGCCAAAUGAGAGUAGAACUAAGGGAGGCCAGCCUCCCAAGUCAAAUGAUGAUGAGGGAGAGUACACCUGUGAUAUUGAUGGCUGCUCUUUGAGCUUUGGCACAAAGCAAGAACUGUCAUUGCACAAGCGGGACAUCUGCCCUGUUAAAGGGUGUGGGAAAAAAUUAUUCUCACACAAGUACAUGAUGCAACAUCGCAAAGUCCACAUGGAUGACCGUCCACUCGAGUGUCCAUGGAAGGGUUGCAAGAUGACAUUCAAGUGGGCAUGGGCUCGGACCGAGCACAUACGAGUUCACACUGGCGACCGUCCCUACAUUUGCCGCGAACCAGGAUGCGGUCAAACAUUCCGAUUUGUAUCAGACUUUAGUCGUCACAAGAGGAAGACUAAUCAUUCGGCUAAGAAGUCGCGACGGAGUUGAAUAAUGGUGGUCCUUACUGCUUUUCUGAAGCAGCGAUUAAGAAGCUUGUAAUUAGUUUUAGUUUAGCUGCCAUUGGGAGGAAACCUAGAAAUGCUAGAUAUCUACUCACCCCAUCCUCAGUAGAUUAUCCCAUCCCAAUUCUUGAUUUCUAGCUCUUCACUCUGUGCAUCAAUGGAAGGCUAGUCAUUCAGUAAGGAGUCCCGACAGUUUCACUGUUGGUGCUUUCCUGAAGCACUUGGUAAGAGGCUUUAUUGUAAUUAAUUCUAAUUUAGCUUUCAUUGGUAGGAAACACGGGAAUCCAUCCAUGCCUUGCCUGGGCCUUUAUUGGUUCUUUCUGAUUCUUGAUUUCCAGCUCUUCAGCUGGGGAGUGCUCGUGGUUGCAAUAGAAAUGAACCAUUGCAGGAAACCAGAAUGUCCUAAUUGAAAGCGUAGAACUUCUGGUCUUGUUACUGAAACGGGUGGCAAUUGUUUGUUGGCCAGCCUGAGCUUUUUAAUUUUUUUUCUGGAAUUUAUUGAAGCUGGUAGCCUGCUUCAGGCUUUAAAUGGAUGAAAAGUUUAGUGGGGUUAUAGACUGAAUUGUUUUGUUGUCAACAUUUUGCCCUGCAUGUUAACAUGCUGUAUGUAUAUUCAUUUUUAAAGAUUUAGAACUUUCCAAUUAUCCAGAUAAGGAAUGGUGCUGCAAAGCUGGGACAUUCUUGGCUUUCCUGCUGCAAGAAAUCA